GCGCCCCUCGCCUUCAUGCCGCUCCCGCUGCUCGUGCCCACGCCGGAGGCCCGAUGUGGCUACAUAAUCAUUAUCAUGGCCAUUUAUUGGUGCACAGAGGUAAUCCCUUUGGCAGUCACAGCGCUGCUGCCUGCUGUCUUGUUUCCGUUGUUCAACGUCCUGGAAUCCAAAAAGGUGUGUAUGCAGUACCUGAAGGACACAAACAUGCUUUUUGUCGGGGGCCUGAUCAUGGCUGUGGCAGUGGAACACUGGAACCUUCACAAACGGAUUGCACUGAGGGUGUUGCUGACUGUUGGUGUGAAACCUGCUCUCUUGAUGCUGGGCUUCAUGGGAGUCACGGCCUUCCUGUCCAUGUGGAUCAGCAACACAGCCACCACUGCCAUGAUGGUUCCGAUCGUCCAGGCGGUCCUAGACCAGAUGAGCAGCUCUGAGCAGGAUGUAACGCCAUCAGAGUCCACUUUUGGACACGUCAACACAAUCAGCGAACCGGAAAAUAAAACCACCCUGGCAGUUGACAAAAGUAACAGUGCGGAAGUGGACUAUCAGAAGGAAGAUGAGCGAGCAAAGAAAAAGAUCAACAAGGGAAUGACGCUCUGUGUGUGCUACGCUGCGAGCAUUGGCGGGACAGCAACUCUGACUGGGACAGGGCCAAAUCUGGUUCUGAAAGGCCAGAUGAACCAAUUGUUCCCUGAUAAUGGCGACAUCUUGAACUUUGCCUCUUGGUUUGGGUUUGCUUUCCCCAACAUGAUCCUGAUGUUGGUAUUGGCUUGGUUCUGGCUCCAGUUCUCCUUCAUGGGAUUCAACUUUAGGAAGACCUGGGGCUGUGGAACCCAAAGGACUGACAAAGAGAAGUCUGCCCUCAAUGUGUUGAAGGCUGAGUAUGACAAGCUGGGCCCCAUCUCCUUUGCAGAAUUCAACCUGCUCCUCUUGUUCACCCUGCUGGUCAUCCUCUGGUUUACAAGAGAUCCCGGCUUCAUCCCAGGUUGGGCCACCGUCGCCUUCAACAAAGACAAAGAGUACGUGACAGAUGCCACAGUGGCUCUCUUUGUCGCCCUGCUGCUGUUUAUCGUUCCUUCCACCAAGCCCAGAUGUGGUUUCGGCAGUCAAAGAAGCUCUUUGAAGGAGCCAUUUCUCCCACCCCCGUUGCUAGACUGGAAGGUGGUCCAGAAGAAGAUGCCCUGGAGCAUCGUGCUGCUGCUGGGGGGUGGCUUCGCCCUGGCCCACGGGAGCGAGGCUUCAGGGCUGUCCAAAUGGCUGGGCAACCAGAUGACCCCACUCCACACAAUCCCUCCCUGGUCCAUUUCUGUCGUUCUGUCUCUUGUCAUUGCUGUCUUCACUGAAUGCACCAGCAACGUGGCCACAGCGACCCUCUUCCUGCCUGUUUUUGCAACUUUGUCCCAGUCCAUAGAAGUCAACCCCCUCUACAUCAUGGUCCCUUGCACGCUCAGUUCUUCCUUUGCCUUCAUGCUUCCCGUGGCCACCCCUCCAAACGCCAUUGUCUUUUCAUACGGCCACCUCCGCGUCUCAGACAUGGCAAAAACUGGAAUUGUGAUGAACAUUAUUGGAGUCCUUUGUGUAACUCUGGCCAUCAACAGCUGGGGCCGUGCCAUGUUCCACCUGGACACAUUUCCGUCCUGGGCAAAUGCCACCCUGGGGUAACGAAAGACCAAGGCCUGGAUUGACUUCAGGCAAUUGGGUCUUCUUGCCCCGUUGCCUUAUUACCCUGAGCCUUUUCUGAAGCCCUUAGUCUACUCUUCAGGGUGGUGCUGCUUGCAGACAGACCUCCGAGGAAACAUGUCGGCAUCUCCUGGGACCAGAUGUAGCCCAGCCCGGCCAUGUUUUCGACCAAUCAGGAAAAGAAUACGGGUGAUUUUUUUUUUAACACGAAGAACAGUGGAGAAAGAAAUGACUGUGUUCAGAAAUAGAGGACAACAGUA